ACAGUCCUACAGCUGACUUCAGCAGUAACACUCCUACCAACAUAAUUCAAAAUCAACCCGACUUCAAACAUGCAAAAACUUGUACUUUGCGCUUUCGCUCUGUUGGCUCUAACCGCGGCGGCUCCACAAGACCCUAACCCAGCCUACAUUCUCAAACAAGAUUCAAAUGUCAAUCCUGAGGGAUACAAUUUUGAGUUUGAGACCAGUGACGGUAUAUCCCGCCAGGAGCAAGGAACUCUAAAGCAGAUCUCUGAGGACCACAAAGCUAUCGAGGUACAGGGCAACUACAAGUACACCGCCCCCGACGGUCUGAUCUACACCGUUAGUUUCGUCGCCAACGAGCACGGUUUCCAGCCCCAAGAACACGUUGAACAACCGGGACAAUAAACAUUCACUAGUUAUUUUAUAAUUACCAUUUUACGCCUAACGCCCGAUUCUUAUAUUAAAAAACAUUUCGUUUUACUUUUAAAAUGUAUAAACGAAUCGUUUUUUGAAUAUCAGAACCGGGUUCAAAUAGACAUUUAGUAGGUGGUUUAAAAAAAUAUUUACUUUUGUAAUAUUAUCUAAUUUUUAAAAUCACCUGUUUCGACUUAUUAACUAGGAUUCGUUUUUGUAAUCCUGUGCUUGUAUUCUUUUGUAUGUUUGUACAUGAUUUUGAAUAAACUUGUUUAUAUUUA